UACGUCCCGCCCAGCGUCGAUUCGCCGCUCCCUGCUCUGCCUCAGGGAUCUCUUGGUCGCCAUGUGGGUGGCGGCCCCCCGGGUGCUGGGGGUAUCCCCUGGGCUCCGGGCGCUGCUCGGUAGGCGCCACGCGGGGCUUCUUCCCAGCGGCGCCCGAGGCCUACAUAGCUCACCGGUCCCCUGCGGCAAGAACCUGCUCAAGAAGUUUGCCUCGAAAACCAAAAAGAAGUUUUGGUAUGAAGGCCCUUCCCUGGGCUCUCACCUGACUCACAAGCCGUCCCAGCUGGAUUUCCUGACAAAGAGCACCUCAAGAAAAACCAAGAAGGAGGACCACGUGCGCCUGAGGGCCCUGAACGGCCUCCUCUACAAAGCGCUCACCGAUUUGCUGUGCACCCCUGAAGUGAGCCAAGAGGUCUACAACCUGAAUGUGGAGCUGUCCAAGGUGUCUCUGACAGCGGACUUCUCUGCCUGCCGCGUGUACUGGAAGACACCGCUCCCUGCCGAGCAGAACGCAGAUGCCCAGGCCACCCUGCAGAGGCAUGCAGCACGUAUGAGGCAUCUUUUGAUGUCCCAGCAGACUCUGAGGAACAUGCCACCAAUAGUGUUUGUUCAGGACAAAGACCACGCAGCUCUCGCCGAGGUGGAUCGGUUACUGGCAGUCGCUGAUCUCGGACCGGCAGAUGAAGACCUUGUACGCAAGGACCUCAGGGACCUUGAGGCCCCAGAAGCCCCCUCACUAUAUGACACCCCCGGACCUGCCAUGGGCUCUAAUCUGUGCGGGAUUGAUCACGAGGCUCUCCACAAGCAGAUUGCGGAGUACAAGAGGAGGAAGGAGAAAGGGCGCAGGGGCGUGCCUGGGGCUGGAGAUGAUAACUGAGCUACAAGACAAGUGGAAAGGCGGAAAAAGGCCAGGCCCCACGCAGUCGAGGAGCUCUCCCUGAAGAACUAUCCGUGGGAGCUGGCGGGUGGAAACGACCUGGAAUGUGGCAGGACCCUUCCUGAGAAGCUCACCCCAGGAUGCGAGUGGGAGCGAGGAUAAGCGGAGCUGGACACAAAGGCAGAGAGAGGUGGGGGCAGGAGGACUGAGGCUACUGUCGGUGACGGGCAUGGGUUUUGAGGCUGCCCCAUCCGAGUUCCGCUUCAGGAAGUGCUGUCAGCUGUAGUGUUUUUGCAGGAAAGCCUUUGGCGACUGGCAGCGGAGGUUUGUGAGGAGUCAGCUGCCACCUUCUGCCUCCCAUGCUCCAACACUAGGUCUUCGGAGCGGUUUUAUCAGACUUCGUUAAUCUAGGUGAGAAAGCCAAGAGUAAUUUUGAGUGUUUUAGUUAUUAGAAGAAGAAAAGUAGAGGAAGAAUCUAUGAGAAAUGACAAGAUUCACUGCAGAUUUUGCCUGAAUUCUCUUCAUAUAAACCAGCAAAGUCUGGAUGUGUGCUACAUACGACCUCAGAGCACUGUCCUAAAAUGUGUGUGAGUAUGAGUGCCCUUGUCGCUCUCCGCCCUGUGGCUGCUGUCCCUGUGUCAGGUGAGACAGGUGAUGAGGAGCUGGAUCCUCAUCGCCUGCAGGUUUGCCUCCUCACUGGUGUCCCUGUGACCCCAGUCACAUUCAUUCUGGGACGCACCCACAGAGGCGGGGACUCGGAGCCCUGCAGCGCACACGUGUCCGUGGCGGGUCAGGCAUUCGUGUCUUGCUGUAAAUGGCUGCUUUUCUUGGUGGGUUUUAUGCCACAUUGUCCACAUUUUUGUCUUUUUUUUUUUUUAAUCCCCACCUGAGGAUAUGUCUGUCCAUUUUAGAGACAGAGGAAGCAGAAAGCCUCAGUGUGGGAGAGAAACACACACCAGACCAGGAGCUGAACCCACGGCCCAGGGAUGUGCCCUGACCAGGAGCACAGAUGUUCCCUUUAGAUAUGAAAGCAAUUUGGUUUCCUUCUGUCUUUUUAAAAAACAAACUUUCAGUGAUUGAAGGCAGAGCAGAGAAAUUUUUUGCCUACAGUAUUUCAUUUAUCUCUGGAUAACGCUAAGUUCUGGGGAAGGCAUGCCCUGUGACCCCAUUUUCAUAAGAUUCACUUACGCAUAGUACCUCUUAGCAUGGAGCACAAGAAAGUCACGUUCGGCUUUUAAAAGUAAGCUGUUCUGGGAAGAACUUUGUGGAACUCUCAGUAAAUAUAUGUCCAGUAAAGCCUCUUCACUCUGCCCCGAACAGCAUGCCUCCCUGUGCUUCCACUUUGAGAGCAGACACUUGGGCGCUGCCUUUGUUGAGGGGCUCGAUGCAGGGAUGAGUCAGAUGUGUGGUGCAGAGAGGCACCCUGUUCUUCCAGCAGAGUGACCGGUGUGACGGUGGCCUCUGUGCUGUGCAGGCUGGUCCUUCCCUCUAGGCAAGUUGAAUUGCUGACGUUGGUCCCUGCUCAGGCCCCUGUCUUGCAAAUUGGCACAUGGGUCAGAUACCUGCCUCACGCAUCACUGGGGCCGAGAAAGUUUGUGAGGAGUCAGCUGCCACCUUCUGCCUCCCAUGCUCCAACACUAGGUCUUCGGAGCGGUUUUAUCAGACUUCGUUAAUCUAGGUGAGAAAGCCAAGAGUAAUUUCGAGUGUUUUAGUUAUUAGAAGAAGAAAAGUAGAGGAAGAAUCUAUGAGAAAUGACAAGAUUCACUGCAGAUUUUGCCUGAAUUCUCUUCAUAUAAACCAGCAAAGUCUGGAUGUGUGCUACAUACGA